UUUAUCCGUUUACAAUUAUCAUGUAUGUUUAAAGGCUGUAACUUCCCUCACAAUACACUUUAUACACUUUUCUCAGAAAGGCAUAACAUUUUCCUCACAUUUUAAACACUCUCAAAGUGCUAUUUGGUUUUAAUCUUAAUGAGCAAUCUAACAGAUUAGACACAAUAAGUCAUUCAAUGACUCACCAUAUUCACUGCUCUUACUGUGCUUCUAUUCCUCCGGCCGUCUUCUUCCUUCGCGUCCUACUCCUGCAACGUAGAAGAUUCAUUUAAUUGGUUUAGCUUCUUCUAUUGAUUAUUGGCGAUUAGCAAGCCGUCUUCUAGCGACAGCGCGAAGGAGAUUGAUUGACAAAAGUAUACAGCCAAUCGGGACGCAGAGCACAAUGGGCGGCUUCUCCUUUAGCCAAUAAGGACUCCUGCAGCUCUAAAUUUGGCCAGCUAUUGUCUGCUGUGUGUUCCUAAUUGCUCGUACAGAAACUUAAAUACACAGACGAGAUGGAGCUGUAUACAACCUUCAACGGUCACCGCUCAUUGAUGGGAGUGAAGCUGGUUCGUUCCUCACAUUUUCACCCAGGAUGGCCAGAGAGGAGGAGCACCUCAUCUACGCCAUCACGGUCCCGCUGUCCACUUCCAUCAUCCUUGCCAACCUGGUCAUCAUCUCGGGCAUCUUGUGGAACCGCCAGCUUCACAACACGCCCAACUACUUCUUCCUGAGCUUGUUGGUGGCAGACAUGUGCACGGGCGUGGCGCUGCCUUUCAUUCCUCUCAUGGCGCACAACCGAGAGCUGAGCUUCGGCUCUUGCCUCGUGGCACACAUCUUCCCAAACUUCCUGUUCCUGGCGUUCCUUCUCAACCUGGUGAUGGUGCACUACGAACGUUAUAUUUGCAUCGUGGAACCCCUGCACUACAGCAACUUGUGGAUGCAUCGCAGUUUCCCUCUGGCCCUGCUGCUGGUGUGGGCGCCGCCGCUUCUGUACGCGUCCCUGCCGGCUUUUGGUUGGAACAACUGGACCGGUCCAGACUGGCAUGGCUGCUGCGCUCAUGGACAGAAGUGGACACCCGUGUCGAACUGCUCCACCAACGUGACCAUUUGCUGUUCAUACAGACGCGUGUUCCCCAACCCCUUCCUCUACCUGGAAGUGUACGGGCUCGUCUUGCCCGCCAUUUUCACCAUCGCUGCCAUGACCGGCCGCGUCCUGUGGAUCACCCGGGGCCAGCUUAGAGACAUCUGCCGUCUCCAUCGCUCUGUGGAGCGCGGGCAAGCCUCGGACAGGGAGCACAGGCUGAAUCUGCGCUACACUCGCUGCGUGGUGGCAGUGUCGCUCACGUUCCUGGCGUGCUGGGUUCCGUACCUCAUCUACAUGCACGUGUGCAUGUCCUUCCUGAUGAGCGACACCAGGUGGACCUCCACCACUCAUAUCGUGCUCUCGUGCACCGGUAUCGGCAGUAUGGCGGUGGUGCCGCUGGUCUUGGGCCUCGCCAACAAGCAGUACACGGAACCCGCCCACAAGCUGCUUCUCAAACUUCGAGACAGGUUGAGGCAGACCACGCAGACACCACGCGGGUCAGUAGUCUGACGGCAGUUAUAUUAUUGUGGCCGCUAGGUGUCAGUAAUGUUCCAUUAUUGAGACAUUUUCAAGAUUGUUGGACCACGAUCAAAACGUGUUCUAGCAACACAUUUAUUUGUGUACACAUUGACAAUAUUUAAUACAGGACCAGGUUCUUUCAACAUCCUGAAUCCCUGUGAACACGAUUGGAGUCAGAAUGAACAUAUUAAGAUAUUAGGUAAUGCUGAUACUUUUUACUUGAAAGUUUCACAAAUUCUUCAGUUUAACUUUAAGAGAAAAAAGUUGUUGAUUUACAAGAAAAAAAGUAAUAUUACAAGUAUAAAGUUGUACAUUGACGAGACAACAUUGAAAAAUGUACAAGGAUAAAGUCGUAAGUUUACGAAAUAAAGUUAAAUAAAGUACAUUUAUGGCAAAAAAAAUCAUACAUUUUACAUUUAGAAAAAAAUAUGUAAUAUUAGGAGAAUAAAGUUGUGAAUUAAUGAGGGAAAAAAAUCAUAAAUUGAGGGGUAACAAGUUUACGAUAAAUAAAUUUACGAGAAAGUUUCGAAGAAAAAAAUUAAGAGAAAACAACAAGAAUUUAUAAGGAAAAAAACACAAUGUUAGGACAAUAAAGUCAUAGGUUAAUGAGAAAAAAGUCAUGCAUUUGAGAAAGAAAAUCAUACAUUUCCGAGGAAACAUUUGUAAAUUUACAAGAACAAAAAUAUGAAAUUAUGAGAAUAAAGUCAUACGUUUACGAGAAAAAAAUCUGAAUGUGAUGUAAGUCAUACGUCAUAAAUUCACAAAAAAAUAAGAUGUAAAAAUCAUAAAUUUACAAGAGUAAAGUCAUAAGUUUACAAGAAAAAAAUCAUAAAUUUAUGAGAAAAAAAAGACAUAAUGUUACAAGCAUAAAGUUGUAAAUUUGUUACGAGAAUAAACUCAUGAGUUUAUGAGGAAAAAAGAAAAAUAUUUAAGGCGAUGCCGAUACUGAUAUUUGAUUGAACAUUUUUAGGCUGUGCCGACAAAGAUUCUUUCAACUUGAAAUGUCAGUAUUAUCAACAUAAUAAUACGGCAUCUGAUGCCACUUCUGUGGAUAUUUGGAUCUGCCUGCCGAGUGCCGACCCUGUCCUGGUUGCCAAACGGAACAUAAGCAGUAGGCUGUGUAUAGUUUUGCUGCAAGAUGCCUUUUUAUUUUUGUCUGCUCUUGAAAUGAUGGUCGCCAGUUUUUGUGUCUACCUCCCGCCUGCAAUGUUUAUUCCGACUUUGCUCAGCGGUGUUUAUCUAUGUACUGGUAUGCGCGCUGGGGAGGCGAGAGGGACGCGGCUCCCCAGACUAGUCCGAUUCAUCAAGAGUAAAAAGACACAGACAAGACGGGCCUUUUGUUGCAUGAAGAAGGAAUGAGAAUUCACAGCACGGCAAACAUGUGCUCUGUUGCUGUCAUGUCUUCUCCUCCUUAUUACGUAUUGGUAAGGCCAUGUCUGGCAUGCCGCACGUGGGUGGAAAGGAGACAAACCGAGGAGGAAGAGCCAGCUUUAAUGACAUUAGGAGCAAACGAGGCCAAGUGAUGCGUGCCGUGAGGAGAGAUGGGAUGCAUGCUGUAUGUUUGGUCCAUGUACAAAUAUGUUUUCCACACUGCGAGACAGGUAAUAUUAGUCACAAAGAGGAUGCUGUCCUUAUUAAAACAACAAAGGCUUCGUCCUGCAGACAUUUUGGUCGUGUUGCAUCAUUUAUUUAUUGCCAUAUCUGCAGGUGAGAGACAGACAAGAUAAUAAAAAGCGUAUUUUUGACUCACUAAGAAAGGAAAAGUGGAUGCAUGGCAUUGCGCUGAUUCACAAAGAGACUAGAUAAGACAGCUAUUCGCUGAGGUUGGUGGUUGGUUUCUCAGGUGGCAGGCGAGCAAGCGCGUGGUCGGCUGCUUGCUUGUUAGAAAGCUGGGCAGAAGAAAGGUUUGGAUUUAGUGGGACCCAACGUGGGUCAGCGUGGCCUUGGAUUACAUUUCAUGUCCUGGCAAUUCUACACUGAUCUCUUUUCCAUGUGUAAGCAGACCACUUCCUGGUCCGCUCUAUUUGCCAUUUUUACAACAAUCUCGAAAACGGCAUCUUGCAAUGGCUAGUUAUGUCGACAACCGCUUAUGUUGACGUGAGUCAGUCCGAUGGGCAUCAACAUAAACAGGUCCCACUGUGUUUUGCAUUUUUGCUACAAUGCUGAAAACUGAAUCUUGCAGUGGCAGUUUUGCUUCUGGUUAUGUCGACAACCUCUUAUGUUGACAUGAUUCUUCCAUUAAUGUAAAAACGCUAGUUUGAGUCUCACCUGAGUGACACACAAGCUGGUUCAUCCUGCAAAGAGAAGAAGCGUAAAGAUCUACGUUCUUCCAAGGUUUCAAUGAAGCCGCCCGUACGCACCUCUGCUCCUCGCCCUCCAGCAGCUUACGAUAGGUGGCGAUCUCAAUGUCCAAGGCCAGCUUGAGGUUCAUCAGUUCUUGGUGUUCCCGGAUCUGACCGGCCAGGUCAUGCUUGGCUCUCCUCGAGGCCUCCUCCAGCUGAGCAAUGUCAUGGCGGGCCCUCUCCAAGCUUACGUCGCCUUCUGUAGUUGCAUCCUGGAUGUCCUUCCUCACGGUGUCCUCCUGGGGUGGAGGUGAUGAAGAGACCAGGUGGAGGAGGCGCAUGAGCAGAUGCAGCUGAGACUGCUUGAAAACAAACCUUCCUUUUGAGAGCAUCCAGGUCGACGUUCAGUCUCCUGAUGAGGCGUGCCGCGUCUGAGAUCUCUCGCCUUACGUCCCGGACUUCCUGUUCACACUGUCCUACCUUCAGAAGCAUGACAUCCAUCUGAGGGCAGGAGGAGGACCUUCAAGCAACAUCAAUGUCACUGCUGAUCUCUUCCUGCUCCUCACCUUCUUCCGGUUCCACUGCUCUGCCUCCUCCCGGGUGCGAGCCGCCAUGUCGGCGUACUGACUCUUGACGCUCUCCACAAUCUCGUCCAUGUCCAGCGACCGCGUGGCGUUCUCCCGUAAAAUCACAGUCUCGUUGUGGAUUUGAGAUUCCAGCUCUUUAAUCUCCUACAAAGGAGCGCUUUGGUUAACAGAAAAGUUGUUGAAGAAAAUAAAAGUUGUCUUUACCUCAUCAUAGCCGACCCUGAGGAACUCCAACUGGCCAAUGAGAUCCUCCAACUCCAGCGUCAGAUGUACAGCUUCCAGGUGACCUUCGUCUGCAUCCUGUUGUCGCACACAGACGUUACGCAUCGUCCUAAACAUCACAAACGAUACGCUUACCUUUUUGGUGAUGAUGAAGUCAUUCUCCAGUUCCGCUUUCUUCAGCAACUCAUCCUCAUACCUGAAGCCAAAGCAGGAGUCAAACACCAGUCAUGGUCGGCCCCCACGUCUCAUGACAACUCCGACCCUGCUGACCUCUCCUUGGUGUUCUCCACCUCUUCCUGCUUCCCCCGCAGCUCAUCCUCCAGCUUGGCGUGGUCAUCCAGCAAUUUGUCAAUCUGCCGCCUCAGCUCCUCCUCCAGCUGCUUCGCCACGCCCUCCACCUUGCCCUGGUAGGCCUCCUGCUCCUUCAGGAUCUUCAGCUUGGUGUCCAGCUUUCGGUUCUCGUCCUCCUGCUGUUUCACCUGAGACACAAAGAUGGCCGCUUGCUCAUGAAUGAUGAUGACAGCUCGUCAGAAUUGUCGACAGAAUUGUUCACUUUGAUGCUUGGAUGGAAGAAAUUGCUUCUCAAAAAUGUUUUUGUUUCACUCCCAUUUCUUCUUUUUGCAUUUUGAAGGCCUACUUGGAACCUCCUUAAGAUCCAAUGUCCAUUCUCCUUAUAUUUAUACAUUUUCAACAUAUGUACUGUAUAUAUGCAAUACCAUAUACCAAUGCAGCAAAACACUAAUAUUAGACUGUAGGCUAACAAAUUGUCCACACGGGGGCGCAAUGAAAUGUUUUUGAAUACUGUACCUGCUGUACUAUUAGCUUCAUAGACAUCAUACUCAUCAUAUCAUGCAUUCAUAACUUUACUGAUUGACACAUAUAAAGGUCCUACCUUUUCAUGACAGCCAUGACAGCCCCCCCAUUUAAUAAUACUAUUACAACUUUUAAAAAAAUGCAGUUUUUCUUUAAUAUUUCAAUUCUUUUGUUCUGUUUCUUUCAGCUUUUUUCCUUCUAUUCUAUUAAAAAUGAUAUAUUUUCCACAUAAUAUUCAGCGUUUAUUCUCGUAAAA